AUGGCGACCGAGACGCAAAUCGAAUGCCGCGCAGAAUACGCCAUUGGCACUGGCAUAUUCAUGCUUCGAUGGGCCACGCGAGCAAAGAUGAGGUUGUGGGAGCUGGGCGACUGGUUCUCGGUGUCGGCAUGGGUGUUCUUUACCAUAAUUUAUGCUAUGGUGGAGUACUUGUCUGUCAUGGGAGCUCCUAUCGGUCUCACGCAAGCACAACGCGAAGCUCUCCCAACAGCCAUGAAGAUAUCAAUGCGGGAGGGCGCGAAAGCCAUGUUCGCUUCGUUCUUCUUCCUCAUAUGCUUGGUCUGGAGCCUGAAGGCAUGCUUGAUCGUGUUCUUCCUCAACUUGACGAAGAACACGCCUCUUCGAAACUACGUCUGGGCCAUGGCCGGAAUAUCUGUGGCGUGUUUCCUGGCCGCAAUCAUUGCGCAGUUCACACACUGCCUACCGCUCCACCACAAUUGGCAGAUUCUGCCCGACCCGGGGAAAGAAUGUUCGGCCGGCAUAAUCAUCAACAUUGUGAUUGCCGUCGGCAAUGUUCUCGUUGAUGCGCUUCUGCUCGUGGUUCCAGCCAUCAUGCUCAAAGAUGUACGAAUCAGGAUAUGGCGGAAAGUUCGAAUUGGGUUCUUGCUCUCGCUUGGGAUCUUCGUCAUGACAAUGGCGAUUGCACGCUGUAUCCUUUCGAUUGGUAACAGCGCACAAGUCGCUCAGGCCUCCGUGUGGGCGCAACGAGAAGCUCUCGUAUCCAUCUUCGCCGUCAACGCACCCAUCAUCAACGCCCUCUUCCGAUCCGAAACCUGGCGCACCCAAGCUAGCGGUAGCAAUUCUUACUCCAAACAACUCUACUCCUCUGAAAAUAGUCGAGCGGAUCGUAAAAGCAAGAAUUUCGAGAUCUACAAAAUGACGAAUAUCGAGACAACCAGCAAGGAGAGCACGUCGGAGCUGGUGCAGAGCCCUGCUGUGCCUGCGCAGUGGAACUCGAGCAGUAGGUCGAUCAAGAGCGUGGUCUGA